AUGAGGUUAUAUCAGACCCCAACACGCAACGAUCACUCAGCAACACCUGCAAGUCAGCGACGGCGCUUAGGAAAGCGGUUGGUGGCGGCUAUAGUUCAGACUGAGAGACCAGACUCUCCGACCGACAUGGCAGAUAGCCUCCAUCGCGCUGGAGUAAAACUAAAGGCCAUGAUGAGAAUGACCCGUUGGUCGCGCGGUCAAACCGAAAAACGAUCUGGAGAGCAGGACUCUCCAAAGCGAAGCUACCUCCUUGAACUCCCCACAGAGUUACUGCUCGAGAUCAUCUCGCACCUAUCAGUCUUACCAGAGGCAUGUCUUGCCCUGACGUGCAAGAGAUUAUUUGCAAUAUCCAGUACUGUUCUGGAUUCGAAAUCCCUCCAUUUCAGUCGCGACUUUGCUCCCCUGUUUCACCACUAUCGCAACGGACAUAGCUUCGUUACUCCACGGUGGCAGCUCAUCAAAAUCCUGGAAGAUAGCAGGUGGUGGGCCUGCUCAAAAUGCUUGAAGCUGCACCCACGAAGUUUCUUCCCAUCACGAGAGCUGCGGCGAAAACCCGAAGAUCGAACCUGUAACUUGGGCAACCUGGCUGGUGUGGUCGAUCUAUGUCCCUGCAAGAAGCUCACGUUCCGCGACAAGAUUGACCUGGUUGAGCUUUUGAAGGUGCGACAAAAGUCCAUAGCGCUCCUAGAAUCCCAGUUUGGCUCUGGAGUCCAAGAGCGCUUCUGCUGGCAUGAUUGUACCGAAAGCUACGGGUCUACGCAGCUGAAGAUAGAGAUUUACCCCGAACUCGAUGCAGAGGACCAGUUGAUGAUCAAGACGGAAUAUCACUUGACUACAGUUCCAGGACAGCUUGGCAAAGAGGAGCACAUGACAGCUCGGUUCGGAUGCGCUCACCGGUCUGUCGACUUGUGGCUCGCAGGUGUUUGCCAGACCACCAUUUGCCGACUGUUUGACAAUAGCUGUGCGUCAUGUAAGCGAAUAACGGUAUGCAGAUCCUGCAAUUCUGCAUUAAAGUGUUCUCGCAAGCAGCCCUGCCACGUGGAUGAAGAGGCUCGCACCGCGACCUACUCCUUCUGGACCGAGAGAUGCCUUGGGGGUGCAUCUUUGAUCCCAGAUACUAAAUGGGCAGUGCAGCGAAUUCACCCUGCUGAGACCUUGGUUGAUCUCGAUAAUUGUAGCGAGCUUUGCCCCUGGACUGUUCGUGAACAUCCUCCUCUUCUUGACCCCCCAACCUUGGGGAUGGACAUCCUUAACCCCGCCAUCAACGAUCAAUCGAUGAACCAGAUAUAUUCAUCCAUUAAUAUUGGCCGUCAUGCUUCACCCACACUAUUCCAUAUUUGUCGACCGCUCUCGGGUUUCUCCGACCCGAAGCCAAAAAGGAAAAGGCCUCACGAUCUGCUGGAAGGGAAACAACCUUCCAGAAUAUUGGCUUCAACUCGAGAUACUACGGGAAAUUUAGCAAAUUGCAGUAGUUUUGAUGUACAGCAUCCGCGUCCUGGGGCGAUGAGCUACCCACCAUCCCAUAACGGUCAAUAUCCCCCGCAGUAUAUGCAACAACCCCCCGAUCUCCAUCCACCCCAGCAGACUAUUCAACCGCAGCAGCUACUGUAUAAUAAUGUCAACGCGAAUACCUCGCCAUAUCAGUAUGGCAAAUCGCCUGUUUACCCCCAGGUUAUGAUCCCGUCCUACCCGGCUUAUAAUCAGCCGUACGCUCCUCAACAACAUCAACUCCCUCCGCCGGCGCCACCACCACCACCGGCGCCGCCGCAACACCACCAACAACCACCACCACCACAAUAUGUCAAUCCGUCCGAUCUGUUCCAACAGCCUCCCCUUCCUUCUCCCUCGCCCUCGUCAUUCAGCAGCCAUGGUAUGUCUCAGUAUGGCUUGCAAAACGCGGUCUCUGUUGCAGGCAACAACCGUUCCCCAGCCCUCACCACCUCCUCCAUCCCAGCCCAACCGACAACGACAUAUUACCCGGCGCUUACUCCCAGCCAAAGGAGUCAAUCAUAUGGUAACACUCCUCAACCUGCGCCGACCCCAUUGCCUCAACCAAAACCAAAAGCUGUUCCAGCAACUCCUCCGAUUGCCGCUAUUCCGCCCGCGACACCUCCAAAACCCGUCCAGGUGUUGAUUCCAGCCCCUGCACCGGACAUACAGCACAAGGUUCCGCGCCAACCUCCUAAGAAGCCAGCACAAAAGCAACACAGCCAGCAACAUGCACAAAAGCCCGCCAAGCCUCCGAUAGAUUAUCAGGUUUUGCUGCUGGCAAUGGCGGAUGAAUACCUCAAUGCGGCUCAUAGCCAUGGAACAACAGUUGCUUUGUUGAGGAGGGAAAUGGAGAUGGAAGAAUACUACAGGCUUGUUGCAACUGGCCUUGGGUGUUUGGAAGCUGUUCUUAAGAAUUGGAGGCUACAGCCUCGAGUAGAGGCGUUGGUCCGCUUGAGAUACGCCCGUAUUCUCUUUGAAGAAACAGAGAAUGAUUUGGAGGCGGAGACCGCGUUGAGUAAAGGCAUCGACUUAUGUGAGCGAAACCGUAUGCUUGACCUGAAGUAUAGUAUGCAACAUCUACUUGCCCGGAUGUUAUACAAGACAAAUCCGAAGGCCUCACUAAAAGCUGUCGAUGGAAUGAUCCAGGAUGUCGAAGCUUACCGUCACUGUGCCUGGGAGUAUGCGUUUCGAUUUCUUCGUGUGUCGCUUUCGCUCUCAUCUUUUGCCCACCAAGAGUCUGUUCCAGCUCUUCAACAUCUUCAUAAAAUUGCCAACAUGGCUAAUCGUAACGGGGACAAGGCCGUUUCUGCCAUGUCUGCCAUAACGGAGGCUCUCGCACAUCUUCAGCAAGGGUCUAGUCUUGACUCUAUUGAACAAGCUCAGCGUGCAGUGGCGUUGGCACGAAGCCACCAACUCAACGACGAGUUGCGUCAUAUUCCGCAGCUGACAACACUAGUUCAGAUCGUCGACAUCUGCUGCAGUCUUCUCGAGUAUGAUGUCAAUCAAUCUUCUCAAAAGCUCAAGGUUAUGCAGGAUCUGAUGGAUGAGCGACUGAAUGAUUCCAAUUGGCGUGCCGAUGGGUCAUUCUCCAUCCCUUUGAGCGGCAAGUCGGCAGGGCCAUCUUCUAUUGAUACCGGAGAUAUCCUCCAAGUCCAGAAUGGCACCUUACUUCUGAGCUUUAACUGGUUACCCCAACAUGACCUUUACGCCCUUUGCUAUUUCCUUAGUUCGAUCACACUGAGUUGCAAAAAUUCAUAUGAUGGACGCAAGGCGGAAAAGUUCCUUCAGGAAGGGAUACAUAUGGUAAAGGGAAACUUUAAGGCACCUCAGGAAAUCACGGAAUCAUUGGUCAAUGCAAAUAGACGUGUGGAAUGGCGCAGGACGCUAUACUGUAAUCUACUUAUCCAACAAGUGUUCCUUGCAUGCGGCCGUACAGACUGGGACCUCGCCAGCAGGACACUGAAAGAACUUGAGCAGGAAACUCAGGCUCAGGGUGAUUUUCUUCCCGACGCAAUUCACUGCCUGAUGGAGUACGCUACGGGUACGAUUGCGCAGGCGACUGGCGAUGUCAAGGGAGCCCUGGCUGCCUUCCAAUCUCCUCUCCUCUCACUAUCUCAGCCCUUCAGUAAGACUGCACGCAACGACCCUCGUCGCGAUAUUGCCAUUCUGGCCGCCAUCAACACCGUGCUCAUCCUCCGCGAUCCCAACCAUCCGCUACAGUACCACCUCCCCAGUGUCUUGUCUACCAUCGAAUCCUUCUGCAAAGCAAGCCCGAACAAGUAUAUCCAAGCGGCUUACUACCUUCUCUGCGCAACCGUGCAAACAGACUCAACCCUGCAGACAAAACAGCACCUACAGCAAGCGCUCCAGUCCGCCACUGCGAUUGGAAACAGCCAGAUAACUUGCAUGACGUUAACAUUUAUGAGCUGGAAGUACUUCCGCGGUGUGGUCGGGGAACAAGCGGAAAAGAGCGCCCGAGCCGGUCGUGCAAUGGCCAAGAAAGCCAACGACCGGCUGUGGGUUAGCGUUACAGACGAAAUGCUUGCAGAGACCUUGGAACGGCAGGGUAAAAAUGAAGAGGCCAAGGGUGUUCGCCAAGAGGGUCAUCGAGUGAUGAUGGGACUGCCACCAGCACUACGACGGCCCGUCUAG